AUGGCGACGUGCUUCAGGUGCUUCACGCGAGUGGGGCCAUGGAAGCCACAGAGAAAAGAGGGUCCGCGAGAGACGCCAAAGAACAUGAACGGGAUCAUUCCAGCGCAGGAACCGAGAGUGUGGCCUGCUCCCGACAAGGACGCGGAUGAAUCCGCUUCUCCGAGCGAGAAAGGCCGUGCAGAGGACACGGCCAUAGCCACGAUCUCACGAUCUCGGAGGAAGUUCUACUGGCCUCGCGGAUAUGCUCUGUGCAUCUUCAGCCUGCAGAAUCCCUUCAGGAGACUGUGCCUCACCAUUCUGUCUUUUGAGGUGCAGAUUCAGGGAGAAGGAUGCAAGGUCUUUGACAAUGCCAUCCUCCUGUGCAUCCUGAUAUCGUGCAUCGGAAUGGCGAUCGACUCCCCCUUGGCAGACCCCAGCGUGACACUCACCCAGGUGAUCCGAAGAGGAGACCAGGUGUUCGCUGUGCUUUUCGCCAGUGAGAUGGUCUUCAAGCUGGUUGCCUAUGGCUUGAUUUGGAGUGAAAACGCCUACCUCAAAGACGGCUGGAAUGUGCUGGACGGCAUUGUCGUGAUGUUUACGAUCCUGGACCUGUCCGUUGAAGGCAGCGGUGCCGGAUUCCUCAAGACAGUGCGCAUCCUCCGCGCCUUCCGGCCUCUUCGCAUCAUCUCGCGGAAUCAGAAUCUGCGGGUUGUUGCUCAGACCAUUUUUUCCUCGCUGCAAGACCUGCUCAGCCUCAUGGUCGUGGCACUGCUCUUCCUCCUGAUUUUCGCCCUUUUCGCUUCCAACUUCCUAUCUGGAAGGAUGUACAGUUGCAACAUCGAGACCGGAGUUUGGCUCCGGGAUCUCCCCGAUUUGCGCACACCUUUGUGCCUGGGCAGUGGGAACGAGGGCAUGCUCCUCGGCUCCUGCCUGAACGGGCGCUAUGAGAACAGCUCGGUGUGGCAAGAGGACGGCUGUGCGAACUGCCCUAGCAAUUCGAGCGCCUGGGCCAGAGCAUCGGUUGACACACCGAUUUGCGUUGGUCGCUGUGACCCGACGAAGCUACCAGAUGACCCUGAUGGGCCUCCGGAAUGGCUUUGUCCAAGGCCGCUGACCUCGGCAGCGGAGCUCCCUUCGGUCUGCGACGGCCGCGACAGCGCGGAGUACCUGGCCAACAUCACCGCGGCAGAGCUGCGGGGACGGCAGUACAUGCAGGCCAUGUCGCGCAUGCUGGUGAUCCCCUGUGGCGGCACCACUGUCAAUGCAAGCGGCGUGAUUGUGUCUGCUGGACUCAGCUGCAGAGAGGCCUUCUGCCCCGAGGGCGUAUCUGCAGAAGAAGAACUGCGCUGCAAGACGAAUUGCGAGAAGCACCCCUUUUUCUGCAAAGAGAGCUGCGAAGACGAGCAGUCCGGCGCAUGCCAAUCCUGCCGCAGAGAAUGUGCUGCAGCAUGCGAGUGCAGCCAGUACUGCGAGCCUCUCAUGAAGGAUGCGGCGCUUUGUGCGGAACAGGGCGGCAGAUGGGAGGAAGCUCUAAGCCAGAGCUUCGACAACGUGUUCUCAUCCAUGCUGACGCUCUUCGAGAUGUCCAGCACCGAAGGAUGGGCAGAUAUCAUGUAUGGAGCCUGCGACAGCGUGGAGCAGUACAUUCAGCCGAUUCGCGACAACAGCGAGUGGAUAUUUGCUCCUUUCUUCGUUGUGUAUAUGAUCUUCUCCAAUAUGUUCAUCAUCAACCUCAGUGUUGGAGUCAUUGUGGACAAGUUCAUGGAUUUGAAGCAGUCGGGAAAAGAUAGCAUUAUACUGACGCGAGCGCAGCUCAAGUGGCUGGAGUCCCAAAAGCUGCUGCUGGGCCAGCGCCGUUUCUUCCAAGUCACGGACCUGGACUUGAUGCCGCUCCUGCGCCGCAAGGCCUAUGACAUCAUCAGCAGCUUCUGGUUUGAGACCUUGAUCCUGGCGGCCAUCGCGGUGAAUUCCGCGCUCAUGGCCAUGACGAUGUUUCCAGCGAGAAUCGACUGGUGGGACGACAUGAUGUACGUCGGGAAGAGAUGUUUCUCUGGUAUCUUCACGCUGGAAAUGCUGCUGAAGUUGUAUGCGCUCCGGUGGGCAUACUGGGAGGACAGAUGGAAUCAGUUCGACUUCUUUUGUGUUAUAGUUUCACUGCUUGGAAUCGUUUUGGAGGACACAACGACGUUAAACGUCACUGGCGUCACCUCGGUCUUUCGAGUGGCAAGGCUUUUCCGUUUGAUGAAAUACCUGAAGGGUGUGAAGAAGAUUUUUGCCGCGCUUGCUGCGUCAGUCCCAAAAUUGGUGAAUGUCGGAGCAAUCUUGCUGCUGCUCUUGACUUUGUACAGCAUCCUGGGUGUCAGCUUGUUCUCCACUCUGAAAUUUUCUUCCGAGAGUGUCCAGUGCAAUUUCAAGGACUUUGUGCAGGCAUUCAUCACCCUCUUCCGAGCCUCCACCGGUGAGGCAUGGAAUCAAAUUAUGCAUGACAUCGCUCGAUCUCCAAGGGAGAUCUUUGCAUCAGGCGACUGGUGCACGCCAGACUAUCUUUUUGAUACUGGGCCUGCAACCUUCGAGGUGCUCUCUGAGAAGUGCCUGAUUGAGAGGCCAAACAGCUGCGUGAACAACUGGGUCCUGGGCCAGCUGAUCCCGUUGACCUACUGGGUAACCUACACCUUGUUUGUGUCCAUCAUGAUCAUGAACUUGGUGAUUGCCGUGAUCCUCGAGAGCUACGAGGAGGGGAAAGGCGAGAAUGAGACGGAGGUGGUGGAGUACUGCACUGAGUCGUGGAGAAGAAGAGAUCCAGAUCUCAAGCUGUUCCUCCCCAUUGAUGAAGCCGUCGUCUACAUCACGGAUGCCUUGAGAUACGGCAUGAACCUUACAGGGCGGAAGGACUUCAGGAAGGACUCCAUGCCCAAGUGGUCAACCGGGAGGCUGACGGAGAUCCCCAUGAAGUUUGUGAACACUCUGGAGCUGCCAGUGACGGACGAUGGCCAGGUGCACUUCCUGUCCGCACUCCUCCAGGUCCUGAAGCUCCUUUGUCACAAAUGGGACCCCGACCUCAUCGACGAGAUCAACCACUUCGAGGAGUCGCUCGACCCAGAGAUGGCCGCGCAGCUCAAAAUGGAUAAGGUCCUCCAGGCCCGCAGGCAGCACCUGCUCAAGGCAGAAGGCAGCUUCUACAUCAAGGACCACGUGGCCGCGAUGAAGAUCCAGCGGGUGCUUCGAGACCGCCGUGCGUCUCGACUGCCGGCCGAAGUGACCACAGGGCGGAAGGUUGCUUUCCAAGACAGCAUCAGCUGA